UAUGAUGACAGGGGUCGUAAUGCCGCAAACUUCAAGUUAAGAUAAUCCGUGUGGCAAGUGUUUAUUGGGGAGGGAAGUUAUCAAAAAUUAGUUAUUUCCUUUAAAAUAAAUACCAUUUCUGUACGAACAAAAUGUGAAUGAAGAAUCAUCCAAAAAAAAACAUUAUCAUAAUUUUAAUAUUGAAAACCAAUUAUCAGAACGUUUGAUAAACGUAAUUAGGUUACACGAAAGAAUACAUAAACAGAUUUUGUAUUUUCAAUGCAGGGUUUAAGGUACCAAAUUAUGACUAGUGCACGUAAUUAAUAAAUUAUGCGAUUUAAUAAACAAGAAUUAAUCACUCUUGCUACUCAACCUUCAACAAAAUUUGAAAAAGAAGGAGUGCUAUAUAUAAAGGAAAGACAAGAAGGGUUUUUCAGGAAAACUGAGAGAAAGGGAAACAAAAGGGCAAAACAAAAACGUCUCCGCAAUUUGAGCUGUGUAGGGGUCGUCAACAAAGUCAGUUUAGAAAGAUGGUGUCGAUUGAGGGGAAAUUUAUUGUUUUAUUUUAAAAGUAGAGAGCCAUGGUCUGAACCCAUUGGUGUUAUUGUGCUAGAACAGUGCCAGGUGCGGUUAGAUCCCCCCACUCCCACCACUCCUCUACCAACAGAUGGUCAUUAUUCGUUUUACUUAGUCUUCGAUGGUGGUCUCUGUCAAGCAUUGGCUGCCAAUUCUGAAUACGAACGUUCAAGUUGGAUGCAGGCUAUACGUGACGCUAGUUAUGAGAGAAUUAGAGCUGAACUACAUGCUCUACAGCAAUGUCUCGAACGAAGACGUAAUCAUAAACCGUACGCAGACUUGCAAAUGUGGCGACUUCAGAAACAACAUAUUUUAGAUGUAUCGGAAAUUCCACUUUGCGAAAUUUCUCUAGCAUGUGAUAAUCUUUUAUGCGAUGGUCAUGGUCGACCUCCUAAUCCAACUUUGGUAAUUGAUGUUUAUAUGGCAGCUAAUAAAUGUUGGGUUCAGUAUUCUCGCAGUGAAGUAGUGGAGAGGAGCAGCAAUCCAAAUUUUUUUACAACGGUGAGUUUUCGAGCUUCGGACGGUUUAAGUAGCGAUUCCCUUAUCCGUUUUACCGCGUUUGACGUUAGAGAGAAAGUGUCUCAUACGGCAAUCCCUCUUGGUUCCGCUUGCGUCUUACUGAGUGCCAUACAAGAUUCAUCAAGACUGAGAAUACCUUUAACCAACAAGUCACAAAAUACAGUAGGAUUCCUUACCCUGUCUGCAUGGGCCUUGGAGGGAGAAGACAGAGGAAGCAGCACAGAACACACGCCUUGUCGGGUGGUGCCCAACAGUAGCCAAAAGAUAUCUCAUCGUCGAUCCCAUUCUUUACCACCAAGGCUAGGAAUAAAAAUGCGUCUUCCUAGUCAAGCUGAAAUAAAAUUGUUAUUUGCUUUACCCUUUGAACAGACCUAUCGGUUCCAUUCUGGCUUAGGUGGAGAUAUUUGUGUUCACGAAAUAAUGGCUGAAAGUAGAAUUUGUUUUUCAUUUCCCCAUCAACUCCUAGGCAUUUGGAUACAACAAGAAAAAGAACUGUUGCAAGAAGUAGCAGGAAUGGGUGAAUUACGUGAACCAUGGCAUUCUCGUCAAGUCGAACUCCUUGAUCGUCAUCUUCACCUUUUACGCUUGUAUUCCCAAGCAAGAGAAAACCUGCAAGCUCAUAGGGGUAGUUUCUUUAAACCUAGUUCACGAAAAAUGGAUAGAAGUUUAGAAUUUGCCCCUAUCAACUUACAUCUUCAACGAAUAUGGGUUUACAACGACACGCUUAACAAAAGCGGGUUUUAUGAUUGGAUUACAGUGGGUGCUUUUACUGCACAUUCUCAUAAGUCCAAGAACGGAGGGCUUAUCAAACUAGUCCAGCAGCUUAAAGAGUCGCCCUUGCGUGCUAACACGAACUACCAAAUAUCUACCAAAAUAUCGACAGCAAACGAUGCCAUCCAAGCCAUAAAACAAUUACGUAAAGAGGUAGUAGAAGCUAUGAAAACUUUAAUGCGAUUAGCUAAAGAGAAACAGACCGCUGGUAUGCUUCCAAUAUGCGAAGAUAUGAUUAAAAAGACUCGUAUUCUCCUUACUCUUUGGGAUCCCAGUUUAGUAGAAGAAGCCCUUAACUUUGUUGAAGAACACAAAUUACUUAUAACAGAUGAUUUCGGUGUCAGUGAUGACUUUGGUGAUGAAAUCAACGGGAGAAAGGGUCUAUUUUUAUCGCCAUUUAAACGUAUAACGCAACAGUUAACUUCAUUGGAUCUAAAAAGUCCUGAUUUGGAAGAUUUUGCGACUCCUUGCACACCUAAAAAUAUCGAAGACGUUUGGAAAAUGCGUGACACCCAGAAAAUAGCUCGCAAUGAAAAAGAACUGAACUUAUUAAACACCAGCGAGGGCGUUCGAAGUCUUUGCUCGAAAGUCAAAACUCCAGACGAAACGAAUUUUGUCCUAUUUCCAGAAUGUGAAGAUCCAAACGUUGAAAUCGAAACGGAAAAUACAAAUGCAAUAAAACAAUAUGAAGAACGGAAACCACUUGAAACAGAUACAGGGCGUAUAUUUUUAGACACAAAUAUUAUGAGUAGCUCCCCAUCUGCAAAUUAUUACAAGCCAACAGACGAACCAGAGCCCUGGGACUUAACACAACUCAAUAUAGAAGCAAGCGUAAUGUGCCUUGUUAGCAAGGUGAAGUUUUUAUGUGGCCGAUGCGGAAGUCCGGCAGUGCGCUUACGUCAAACGAAAAAAGUCAAUAGUAAUCGUAAUAAUUCUGUGAUCACUAAUCAGCCCGGUGUUAACAAGGAAGACUUAAAAGCUGCAAGCAAAGAUAGCGAGGCUGUCACAAAGGCUGUGAAUACCGUUACCAAGGUGGUCAGGAACGGUAACAAGUUCACCGAUGGACUUGAUUUAAAUAAAAUCACUGAUUGGUCGGCAGAAUUAAGACCGAGCAUGAGAAAAUUGAGACAGGCGAUGGAUGGACUACUGAAGACUGCCAGAUUGACACAUUCGGUUUUUAGGGUGCAACAAGAUCCGAAAGCGGCACAAAGGGUUUGCAAUGUGCAAUAUCGAAGGGACGUUUGUUUUUCACAAGCGUUAACAUCUCUCGUGUCAGCUCUUUUGACACGAUUGUGGUGUCAUAAGCCUGAUCCCAGUUUUGUAACUUGUUUGGUCAGUUUGGGUCCCUUGGCUUGUUUUGAGUGCUACUUGAGCUACCACGGUAACGAGAUCGAUAUGUGGGGCGACAUGUCUGUGGCAGUUGAAGAUCUCCGCACUGUAAUGUUCUCACUCCACCGCAGUCCCAGUCCAUCUACUGAACCCCAUCCUACACCCAAAGUCAGCGGAAGUAGAAGCUCUUUAACCGUUUCUUUACCCGUUCCUGAUUCUUUUUACGCCCUUUUACCAACAAAACAAGUUGUCUAUUUUCAUGUGACGCCGGUAUUUUUUAAUAUUGGUAUAAACGAGAUGGCAACACUAGCGGAAAGUUUAGGUGCAACCAAACCUCAGGAACGUUCGAAUAUCGACAAUUUUGAAAGAUUGAACGAGUAUUAUUUGAGGUAUCGAAAACUAAACAUACCAGAUACCAACAUCACAAACAAUCGAUUGUCUGCAUGCUCGCCUCAACAAUGGUCAUUGGGGGACCUUGUCGACGAACUGAGGAGCGAGGUGUAUGGAAAUAAAAAUAAAAACGUAGCAAUACUACACUUGGCAUCGCAGAUAUCUCGUCAAAUGAAAGGACUUCGUUUUACAAGUUGUAAAAGUGCCAAAGAUCGAACGGGUAUGGCAGUAACGUUAGAGCAAUGUAAUAUUUUGCUUUCCGAAUAUCAUUUAGCAGAACACGAAUUUCAAAGAGCAUUGGAUUGUAUGCGAAGUGAAGGAUGUCGAAGGGAGAACACUCAAAAAAAUAUAAAUAUACGUAAAUACGCAUUUAAUGCUCUGCAAAUUUUAACAUUACCUAAAUAUUAUCGUCCACCUGCAGGAACCUUUGGUUCAGCUCAAUCCUAAAAAGGAAGGAAAUUAUAGUUGUCGUUAAUUAAAAUUCAAAGGUGCCAAUUAUUUAUUAAUCAGUCAUUCAACAUAUUACCUGUUAGUUGUUAGCAAUUAUUUAAGGUGUAUAGUUGAUUAAUAUAUUUUUAUUUAUAAUUAUUAAUUUAUGUACUUAAUGUUAUGCUUAAAUUAGAGAAUGUACUUAG